CCGGGGCGCAUCACGUGGGGGCGGUGCGCGCUGAGUGCGGCUGCGCCGGCCGGUAGCUGCAGCUGGAGCGGUGGCGUUUGGAGGAGACGCGAAACUGGAUGGCUUCCACAGGGAGCCAGUCCUCGGAUAUAGACAAGAUUUUGGGAUUCUUCAGUGAUGGCGCACCCCCCACCAAGAAACCCAGGAAGCUGCUCCCAAGCCUGAAAACUAAGAAGCCUCGGGAGCUUGUGCUGGUGAUUGGAACAGGCAUCAGUGCUGCGGUUGCACCCCAGGUCCCAGCCCUGAAAUCCUGGAAGGGGUUGAUUCAGGCCUUACUGGAUGCAGCCAUAGAUUUUGAUCUUCUAGAAGAUGAGGAGAGCAAAAAAUUUCAGAAGUGUCUGCAUGAAGACAAGAACCUCGUCCAUGUUGCCCAUGACCUCAUCCAGAAACUAUCUCCCCGUACUAGUAAUGUCCGAUCCACAUUUUUCAAGGACUGUUUAUAUGAAGUAUUUGAUGACUUGGAGUCAAAGAUGGAAGAUUCUGGAAAGCAGCUACUUCAGUCAGUUCUCCACCUGAUGGAAAAUGGAGCCCUGGUAUUAACUACAAACUUUGACAAUCUCCUGGAACUGUAUGCGGCAGAUCAGGGCAAACAGCUGGAAUCCCUUGACCUUACCGAUGAGAAGAAGGUCCUUGAGUGGGCUCAGGAGAAGCGGAAGCUGAGCGUCUUGCACAUCCAUGGGGUCUACACCAACCCGAGUGGCAUUGUCCUUCACCCAGCUGGUUAUCAGAAUGUGCUCAGGAAUACUGAAGUUAUGAGAGAGAUUCAGAAGCUCUAUGAGAACAAGUCUUUCCUCUUCCUGGGCUGCGGCUGGACUGUGGAUGACACCACUUUCCAGGCCCUUUUUCUGGAGGCCAUCAAGCAUAAGUCUGACUUAGAGCAUUUCAUGCUGGUUCGGAGAGGAGAUGUGGAUGAAUUCAAGAAGCUUCGAGAAAACAUGCUGGACAAAGGGAUUAAGGUCAUCUCCUAUGGAAAUGACUAUGCUGACCUUCCAGAAUAUUUCAGACGACUGACAUGUGAGAUCUCCACGAGAGGAAGGUCAGCAGGGAUCGUGAGAGAAGGCCAGCUGAAUGGCUCGUCUACAGCACACAGUGAAAUAAGAGACCGUAGUACCUGAGAGGGCUAGAGGAACCGCCACCAUUAGAUCAAGCUGUCAGGGCCUACCGUGGAGUGUUUCACAAGUGAACUUACAAGAACCCGAAGCAGCUGCUAGGAAGUACCAAUACCCAGAGGCUGAAAGCUGGGGGUUAGCGGAGAUGUCCAACUGAAUCCUUCAUGCCCGCUCGUUCCUCUGCAGCCUGUUCCAGUUCAAUACCCAAGUGACAAGGGGCCCAAAUGGAGCCCCCACCCCACCUCAGGCAGAACAGUCUGUGUCCACACAGCAGGUCAACAGGACGUUUCCACCGACCGUGGCUGCAGAGGACUUGGGCUCCCGACGCCACGGGUUCGCCGUGGCCUAUGUGGCAGUUUUGUACUCUAUACUUGGUUUUUCAAUUAAGCUUAAUGGCUUUUUUAAAAUAUGACUUGAAGCUCUAGUUUUCUAGGCCUUUUACAGUGUACAGUAUUUUACAUAAUUGAGCUGUAAUAUUAAAAGCUUCUUCAUUUACUUCCCAGGGCCCCAGCUCUACUUUGAGUCACUUUAGAAAAUUCCUGACCUGCAAAGGUACAGGCCGAAUUUAAAUUUUAAAAGUUCUAUUCUUGCACCCUGUGGGGAAGGUGAUCUCAUUCUCGGGACAAGCGCAGAUUUCCACCUGAUUCCUCAGCACUGUCAAUCCCCGUUUCCCUUUGUGCCAUGUACCCUAGAAACUCUAGUGUGCUGCAGGAUUUUACUUUUGAAUCCUUUGUCAAAUGACUCCCAAGACCUAAAAGGCAAUUUACUUAUGAAAUUUAUUUUCUCAUAUAAAUUAUGUAUUUCUCUGGGCA